CUCCACCUCUUUCGACCAGAAAUCAUGGUCUCCUUCAAACUCCCCACCCUCGCGCUCGCCGCCUUCAGCACCCUCACCGUCUCUGCCCAAAACGCAAAAAUUAGCGACCUCAAACAAUCCCUAGAAGGAAUCCGCGACUCCGUCAAGGCCGCCGCCUCCUCCGCCUCCUCCCGCGCCGCCUCCGGAGGCGUCCCCAAAAUCACCGACAUCGCCGACGCCAACCUCGACGAGGCCAUCAAAUGGGCGCAAUCGAAAGGUUCCGAAGCGCAAUGGAAAGUCGACAAUCCCUCCGCAUCGGCCGCCGACUCCGCCGCGCUGGACGUCUCCAUCUCGGUGUCGUUCCCCGACGCGGAGAUCUUCGGGGUGAAACUCGUCAAUGGAAGGCCGACGAGGGCGUUGCUGAGUGUGGUUAAUAAUGAGGAUGUGGCGGUGAAGCCGUUGAUUGUGACGGGUGCUUUGAAGACGGCAGCUGGGGAGGGUGAGGGUGUGGUGGUGAGGAAUUUGACGGCCGCGAGGUUCGGGAAUGAAGUCCCGCCGAAGGGGAAGGAGGUGUUGACGUAUGCUUUUUCGACGAUCAUGCAGCCGAGGGAUGUCACGUUGGAGAUGAAGGUGUUGGUGCAGAGGGGUGGGAGGGUUUUCACGGUGAAGGCGUUUGAGGAGGGGGUUAGUGUUGUUGAGGCGCCGGUCAGCAUUUUUGAUCCGCAGAUCAUCUUCCUCUACCUCUUCCUCCUCGCAGCCCUCGGCGGCGUCUCCUACUUCAUCUACACGACCUACGUCGCCUCCCUCUUCCCUGCCAAACCCAAGCGUCGCUCUGGCGGUAAAGACGGUUCCCGCGCUCAGCGUUCUUCUGGAGGGUCCAAGGCUGUCGACUCGGCGGAUGCGGUCGAUGUCGUGGGCGCGGAUGGUCCGGCGGUCGCUUCGGGGAGUGCGCUGGGUGGAAAGGGAUAUGAUGAGAGCUGGAUUCCAGCCGGACAUUUGCAGAGACCGCAGGCUAAGAGGGUGGGGAGUGGGAGGCCGAAGAGUCGGGCUGCGUAA